GAACACUAUCUCAAGGAUAUGGUCCAGCUGCUGUUCACAAGACUGCCAUACUUCUCAGAAGAUCUCAGGAAACCAAUAAACAUGAAGAAACUGAAGAUGCGAUCUGGAAGUAUUGACCAGUCAAGAGGAAAACGCAAGAUGAAAUCAUCAGUUAGAAAAAAUAGUCGAUCUAUGAACAGCAAGGUGGAAGACAAGGAAAAACCACCACAAACACUACUUACAUCAGGCUCCUCGAGUCAGGAAAAUAUCAACAAGGUGUUGUCUACUUCUCAGCAUCUAGCCACCACUCCUAUAGAUUCGAAUGGCAGUGUUGUGGAUGUUCAAGUUAUCACACAAGAUUCCAUAGCUCCUCAGUCAAAUUCUAGCGAAUCGAAAACAGAGGUUGCCACAACACAAGAAACCAGAAACAUUACCAACAUCACCAGUUGAAGAAACUGUCAACAACGAAUCUUGGAACGAGUGACACAACCAAUGCUGAUGAGACACAGCAAGCAGAGCUGUCAGUUCCUGCCAUAGAUGCCUUUCAGACGCAGGGUGAGGUAGAUGUGAGCGUGGACAUGGAUGUCAGCGCAGUAAGCGGAGACAGUGAUGUGCCUCCUGCACCUGACAGUACUGACGUGUCCGCUGUACAGUCCCCCGUGUCGUCAGACACACACGAGUGGUAUAACUCACAAGGCGUGCGAUUUACACCUCAAGAGGAAGGUGAGCUGUUAGGGAAAG